AUCGGCAGUCGGCGUUCAAAAAAAUACCCUCCUGUUUUAGAACUUGUAUAUAAAAUUUAUAAGACUGUACUAGUAAAAUUGAUGUAUUUUAAAAAGUAAUUUUAUAGCUGCGUUUGUGGUAUUAAAAAUGGAUAUCAACGAAGGGACAACGACAGAAGACCUAUGGACCCCUUACAGAGAGCUGGCAGCUGUAGUUGAGAGUUACCUCACAAAUGAAAGUAGUGGUGCCCCUUAUGCUGUUCACACAUUUGAAUCAGUUCUGAGGCGGCACAAACAGACAUUUUUAUCACUCUUGAAGAAUCCCGCUAAAAAUCCAGUAAGCAGAGAAGAGAUAAAAAGAGGUAUUACAGAAGGAGUUAACUUGCCCAGUGUGGGACGGACUGUUCUCUCAAAGGAGCUUGUAGAUGAGGCUAUUAUAAUAUCAGAUAUGUACAAUGCGAAUGAGUUUGCCUGUCUGGAGCUACUUCACACAGCGCAACGGCAAAGCGCGCGGCGGCCGGGCCUGGCGCGAGGCUUGCUGGCCGUGUUCCUGUACUACGACGGCAGGCGGGCCCUGGUGCAGGCCCUGCGAGAGCUUAUCAUGGCCAGGGAUGGGGUAUCAUGGUCUAUAAACGCUCGAGAGGAAGUUGUGUCGUACGUGUCCCGAUACGUUGGACAGCUGGUGUCGGACGGGCUACUCGCUGGAGUGCUGGAUGCCCUGCGUCGUUUCGACCUGGACACGGAGUUGGACCUGCUACGGCGGAACAGGGCCUUGCCGCCGAGGAAGUACCAUGUCAAGCUCGUCAGCACAAUACAAAGCACGAGAAAACUGCUUGCCGGAGUAGUGUUUGCAGCAUCAGCCCAAAGGGGAUUAGAAAGAGACACACUAUUGAGGCUAUUAUCAGAACAAAUGAUUGCGCCUUCAAAAGGGCCGACCGGUGCUUUGGAUGAAAUAUCUCUAGCGUUGCAGAUGGCUCUACUAUAUGCCCUGGAUCUGUCUGUUUUGCAUAGGAGAGAAGAUGGCGAAGAACUGGCCAAAAAACUACCACUAAUCCAAGAUCCAGAUUUAAUAUCAGUGUUACUGGACCAACUUUCGCCGCCUCCUCAACCCAUUCAGGGCCAGGAGGAUAACAAAAACAGUGCUGGGCUGAAAGCGCUAUGCCAGUUGUCACUGGGCCUGGCCCUAGCUGCAUUGAAGAGGGCGCCUGUGUCGCUGCUGCGGAGAACUGAGCCGAAGACUGAGCUGUUGGACCAAGAUGAGAUGCUCGUCGAUGCAGCCAUCGAUGGAGGGGUGUUCGAGUAUCUAGACGAAGCCAUUCUCUCGACUGAUCUGGUGGCAUCAGAGGAGUAUUACCAGCGGCGUGUACAUUCCCUUAUCACUGAUUUCAUCGUACUGAUGCAUUCCAAGCUCAUGGAGAUGAGGGUCAAGGCAGAAGAGGCGGCGCGUUCGGCCCAGAUGUACAUGGCGGAGGGGCUGAACGCGCCGGGCGGCGUCGCGCGCUCUCGCCUGGAGGCCCUGUUGCGCUGCGUGGAGCGCCUGUACGCGCGGGACCCGCUACAGCUGAGGCGGGACUACUGGGUGGCCUGCGACACCACCGCGCACAACUAUAGGGCCGGUGGCAGGGCAGCUACCUUAUACAAGUUCGUGCGGCUAUCGGGCGAGGUAGUGGUAGCCGCUUUGCUACCCGCCUACCUCCGCGCUCUAGCGGCGUUGGCUGUCCCGAAGCACACGUGGGCGCUGCUGGCGAGGAGAGACGCUUUAUCGGCGCAUCACCUUCUCACUGCACUCUCAUUGUACCACCGGAAUUUACGGGCCGACCCUGCGCCAUUCUCCGAUCACCUUCACUCCUCGUCUCUCGGAGCCUCUGCGAUAGUGACACCGGCGGCGCGACCGGGGAGAUUGCUUGUCAGACAAGAAGAGGUGGAGGCCAUGAUAGCGGCGUUGAAACUGAUAGCAGCCGUGGCGCACGAGGACGACGCCGCGUGCGUUAGUAUAUGCGAGAAUCUGCAGUGGGACGCCGUCAACUGUAUGUUUGGUCUGGUGUGCUGUCACGUGCCGCUGCAGCUAAAGGCGGAGCUGUGCAUCACGCUGGCGGCGCUGGGCGGCACGCCGGGCACGGCGGCGCGCGUGUGGGCGGCGCUGGAGGCUGCCCAGCUGGUGUCCGUCGCCAAGGACAAGCGCGCGCUCAACGUGGAGCUGCAGGAGGUGGAAUGUCGAGCAGAAGAGUACCCGCUGUCCCGCGCAUUUCUCACCCUACUGGACUCACUGUGUGCUGCGGCGCCGCUUCCCCGUACACUGGGUGCGGGUACAAGACCGCCAGGUCUGGACCCGUACGUGGAGCACGCUCUUAACCGCCUGGCGCUAGCGGCGCCGCACAGGCCGUACUCCCGACCGCACGAGAAGUGGCAGGUGCUAGCGAUCAGUUUCCGGCUGUUCGCACGCUGGCUGGAGCAGUACGAGCCGACGGCGAGCGACUUCCCGCCGGCCGGGCGCGAGCCGGACGUCAACCCGCCGCCCGGCUUCCGGCUCCUGCUGCAACUGCACUCGCAGUCCGAAUUCUUGCGCCUCACGCUGACGACCUUGGACGAGGCCCACGAGCUCAUGGACCGCCACACUGCGCCGGAACACAUAUACGUUCAACAAACGCUAAUAAGUUCGCUGAAAAUUCUGGAGCGAGCGUUGGCGUUAGAGCGUCCUCUGAACGUGGCCGCGGCAGAGGCGGGGCGGGGCGCGCUGGUCGUCGGUCUAUCUAAGCUUAUUUUAGCUCCAGAAGGUCCGGACGACACAGAUCGCCUAAUCACUUGCUGCAAAGUGCUGGAGCACGGCGCAGUGUUACCGGAAGCGGCGGCCAAAGCGGUCGCAUUGUUGUGCCGCGCUCUUCAGUCGCCAUCUUGCGCCCGCCACUUGCUAGCGUCCGUUUUACAUCGUCACGAACUUUCCGUUGAGAUCAGGCAUGGAUUCGUGGAGUGUCUGGAGGCGGAAGAAUGGGCUGCUGGGGAAGUCAGCCCAGGGGGAGCGGAACACGCGCGCGCCGCUAAGGAAGGGGUGGUUUUACUUCUUCUGCAGCUGCUGCCCACCGCGCCACAUAGCCUGGCGCACUUUUUGCUUGGAUACAAUUUGAAUGACGACAUAUCCAAAAGUGUACUUCACGAGGCCGGGAGCGCGGGUGCUCCGCGAACGUGUUUUCAUUCUGUACUGGACAUCCUCGAGAGUUUUAUAGCGCCUAGUGGAAGUACUCAAAAAGAAGCCACAACGCUAGUAGAAAGCUGCUAUCGCUUGCUGUACGGGAUCUGCGCACGCCCCGCCACCUCACCGCCCGCUUUGCGUUUUCUGAGAGCAAGGGACUACUUCCUCCCCAGACACGUCAAAGCUACCGUUAACCUUGAGACCGCCACUCCGGCGACGAUAUCGUCCCGCUCGUGGGCGCUGCGAGCGUGUGCGUGCGAGGCGGGCGCAGCGGGGGCGGGCCGACACCACGCCGCGCUGCAAGCGUUGCUCACCGCAUUGACGCACUCCCCGCAGCGGAACGCACAGGCAUGGGAGUGGUGCGUGAUCCGCCGCUCGCUGGAGUCUUUGCCAGUGACCGUAGAGGCGGUACCGGAACCGCGUUGGGAGCUAUUCCACGCGCACCAAUUAAGGCAGGCUAUAGCUGACUGCGACCUCCCCACAGGUCUCGGUGGGAAACGCAUCAGUGUUUCGCGCGUUAACGCUUUAUUGUCGCGCGAACUGGCGUCGCUGCGGGCUUCUACGCAGAGGGAGCUCGUCGUUAUUGAAAUACAAAAGGUCCUGGAUUACGUGACGGAAGUAAACAAACAGCGAAACUUGGCAGCCACACUAUCACACUACUACGAUUCAUGGCGACAACUCACAGAAAUUCUCUUCUGUGUGGCCCCCCAAGACUUACUAAACGUCGAGAGUAGAAAGAGUCUCAUCUUAAACAUCCUUCAGGAUCUCCUAAACAAAAUACCCCCAGCUGAAGUUCUCCCGCAAGUUGGAAACCUCGCUUCGGGCACAGUUUUACUUCUACUAGUUAAUCUCCGCCAUUGCUACAUACUUCAGAAGAGGGAGUCUUCGUUGAAAUCCGCGGAGUUCGAGACGAGUUUUUUCGGUCCUUCGAACCAGAUCAUGCAAACGAAAUCGUUAACUCUUAAGUUUAUACUGCACAAAAUUUUAAGUUGGAUCUUAGUAUCAGGGGUGUCGACUCAAAAAAUCCGUGUAAACUUAUACGGAGCGCUAUUAAACUUUUUAAAUAUCGUCAAUUUGAAACAAAGUCCCGCGGAUCCGGAAGAAGAUGGGAAUACGACUUACGUAAGUCGAUUAGAUAGUUCGAAAACGAGACCGUCCCGUGAGGAAUCCAAUCUGAAAUCGAUGGCUAUCGAUGUUAUUAACAGUUUCGGGGAUAAUCUGUGCUCGAUCGUAUGCAGCGAUUGUAUUGGCGGCGGGCACGACGUGUGCCGCAUGGUUGCGCUGUCUUGCUUGGACACUUUGGUCGAGAUCAAUCCGAGCACCGAUUGGAUGAACACUUUGACCAAUCAGGGCAACUUGAGGAGUCUCAUCGACAGCUUGCUGCAGGACGACGAGGGAUUAAAAGAAGCACUCGAACCCAAACCGAAAUCUCUGCGGGUUUUAUACGUCUAUGAGUCAAAAAUGGCGUUGCUAAUCAAAAUCGCUGGGACCCGCUUGGGUGCUGAAACGAUACUGGCGCAAGGGGCCCUGUCGUGUUUGGCCAACAUGCGCGUGUUGGACUGCCACCCCGACAUCCACACGGGGUAUGGCCAGCACCAGGACACGGAGUUUGUGCCGUCCGUGGCCAAUAGGUUCCGCGACGUGCUGGUGCCGGCGCUGGCGCUAUGCGACGCGUUGCUGACCACGUUGGGCGCCGACAACCACAGCUGCGUACUGCACAUCACGCAUUUGCUGCUAAGCCACCUGGAGUGCGUCGACAUGGUGCUCAGGGCGGCGCACCCGAGCUCCCCGGCGGGGCUGUUGCUGGAGUUGGAGGCGCUGUCGUCGGUGGUGGCGCGCUCGUCCCACCGCGACGUGUUCUGCUCCGCGGCCGACACAGCGCUACAGCACAGCGCGGCGGGCAUGCAGCGGAUCCAGUACCUCAUGCUGGCGUUGCUGCCGCGCUUCCAGCAGCCGCCGCCGGAAACGCCCGACCACGACGCCAGGAUCUACUACAAGAUCGUGUGGAACCUGCUGAUGUUCGCGCGGAACACGCUGGCGGAUGCGGGCGCGGCGGGCGCGGCGGGCGCGGAGGGCACACGGCGCGCCGGACGCGCGGCGCUCAUUCUUCUGCAGGUGCUACUGCGCCGCCGCCACGCGCACGUCAAGCUAUUGGACACCGUGCACCACCAGCUGCCCAAGGUGCACUCCAUGACGCUCAGCGACAUGAAGAAACUCCUCGGGGAGGAGCUGUCGGCCGCGUCGCCGGUGGAGGCGCGCGCGAGCGUCGUGCACACGCUGCGGGCGCGAGCACGCGCGCGCCGCUUGCAGCUCCAGUGCUGCGAGCAGGCCGCGCACGCCGCGCUACAGCUACUGUGGGCGCACACGCGGCUACAUCUGCGCGCUGCCGGGCCCGGCGAUGCCGCGGACACCGCAAUAACGAGGCCGGCUGCGAUCCGAGGCGCGGCGGGCGACGAGCCAACCGAGUUGCGGAAGGAACUUCUUUCCGUGUUCAACGAGCGCUUUGUGGAUGAGCUACUGGACACAGCCAAGAACCAACCCCCCAUCCAGCGCGGUUUCCUAGAGGUUCUACUCAAAGAUAUCAAGACUAUGAUACAGUUUUCGCCGCUUUAGCGUUUGCACUGAGUUAUUCUAGGUACUAUUAAUAAUGUAAUUGUUGAAACCACUAUUUUGUAAGUUUUGUAAUAAUUAAUAAAUAUUUUUUGGUAA